AAUAUGCUUUUGUUUUGGAUAAAUUAGAUAUCUCUAUGUACAACUGAUUAAUUCGUCAAGUAUUAGAGAAUCCAAAUAGACGGGAAACUCUUCUUAAGAGUUUUAACGCCGGUGCCGGUGUAUCGCUGAUGAUACUGUUCUUAUGACAGCAUAAUAAUAAUAUUAAUAAUAAAAUAAUAAAAACGUUGUUGAGGGGUUAGUGUAACUGACGCCAUUGUGAACGCAAGCAAACCCCAGCUGGGGACGGUGACGCCAUCUCAUCUGUCAUUCAACCCACUUCAUCAUCUCCUUAUCUCUCUCUCUCUCUCUCUCUCUCUCUCUCUCAAAACAACUAACGAAACUUCGACGAUGGUGUCUGUCUCUCUGUAACAUCAAUCUGAUGUCAUCAUUUGUCUCUUAUUCCUCUUUUCUCUACCUCCCAUUUUUUUCCUCAGAAAUUUCCUCUUUUUUUAACCUUUGACUUCUAAGAUCUCUUUCUUACCACUUUUCUGUCUUUACCCAUUAUUCUUUUUCUCUCUGGGUUUCUGUGUUUGUCUCAAAGUUCCAACCUUUUUGUGAUUUAGAUGGAUCUGAUCACAAAAAUUCAGAAUUUUAUUUUCUGGGGUAGUGUUUUUUCUUCAAAUUUAUUCAAUUGAAAUUGAAAAGUUUGUUUUUUUAUUAUUGGGUUUGGUUUUAUUAUGCUGCUUUGGUGGCUCUGGAAAUUUAAAUAAGGAGCUUCUUCAUAAUUUUUUUUUUUUUUUUAUAUAUAGAAUUUGCAGAUAUACCAAAUACUAGUAAUUAAGCUUAGUUUAUGAACUUGAGAAUAAAUUAAGGACUAUUUAGUUUUUGUUUUUGUUAGGUCUUUUGAUGUUUUAAGGAACUUUGUUUUGGAUAGUUGAUUAGUUUCAACUUACUUUUGAGUUGUGUACUCUUGGAAUUUUGUGAGGUUUUGUAUCAUGUGAUCAUGUCAUGUGUUUUUGUGACUUGAGGUUUUGUAACCAACACUUGUUAAGAUUUGUGUUAUAUAAGUUAUCUAUUUAUAGAUACUUUUUUGUUUUUUAGUUCUUUGCUAGAAAUUUUAGGGUCUUAGGAUUUCUAUAUAAGAGGGAACUUUGAAGUGUAUAAAGUUUGAGUUUUGUGAUAUAAGAAGAUUAUGGUAUAGAGUAUAGGCUCUCACAUAUAGGUUUUCAAUUUCAUAAAUGGCCAAUUCAGCUGAACCCUCAUCAUCUUUGAGUUUUACAUCAUCUUCCCAUUUAACAAAUGGAUCCAUUAGUCACAACUUAUGUUCUAAUGGCACCGAUCAUGCUCGAAACCUCGAGGUUAUUAGUUUGAGUAAGCUUAGUUCUAAUUUGGAGCAGCUUUUGAUUGAUUCUGAUUAUGAUUAUAGUGAUGCCGAAAUAGUUGUGGAGGGGAUUUCGGUUAGAAUUCAUCGGUGUAUUCUAGGUUCUAGGAGUAAGUUUUUUCAUGAAUUGUUCAAGAGAGGUAAAGAUAAAGGAUCAUCAAAGAAUGAAGGGAAAUUGAAGUAUUGUUUGAGUGAUUUGUUGCCUUAUGGAAAAGUUGGAUAUGAAGCUUUUAAUAUACUCAUGAAUUAUGUAUAUAGUGGUAAACUCAAGCCGUCUCCGAUGGAGGUGUCUACAUGUGUCGAUAAAGUGUGUGCUCAUGAUGCUUGUGGACCUGCAAUUAACUUUUCUGUGGAGUUGAUGUAUGCCUCUUCCAUUUUCCAAAUACGGGAGUUGGUAUCACUUUUUCAGCGACGUCUUCUUAACUUUGUAGGGAAGGCUCUUGUGGAAGAUGUCAUUUCAAUCCUUAUGGUUAGUUUCCAUUGUCAAUUGAAUCAACUCGUUGCUCAAUGUGUUGAAAGGGUAGCACGAUCGGACCUUGACCAUAUCUCAAUCGAGAAAGAGCUUCCCCUUGAGCUCUCAGAAAAAGUUAAACUGCUCCGCCGUGAUCUUCAAAAGGACGGGGAAAACGAUACUCCUAUGGUGGACGCUUUGUCUCUAAAACGAAUCACUAGAAUACAUAAGGCAUUGGAUUCAGACGAUGUCGAGCUUGUUAAACUUCUUUUAAACGAGUCCGACAUUACUUUAGACGAAGCUGGUGCCCUCCAUUACGCGGUAGCCUACUGUGACCCUAAGGUUGUUUCUGAAGUACUUGGAUUGGGUCUUGCUAAUGUCAAUCUUCGAAAUUCUCGAGGGUACACAGUGCUUCAUGUUGCUGCCAUGCGUAAGGAGCCUUCAAUUAUAGUAUCGCUUCUUACAAAAGGGGCUUGUGCAUCGGAUUUGACUUUCGACGGUCAGAGUGCUGUUAGUAUUUGUAGGAGGUUGACGAGGCCUAAGGAUUAUCACACAAAAACAGAACAAGGGAAAGAAACAAAUAAAGACCGAAUAUGCAUUGAUGUUCUUGAAAGAGAAAUGCGAAGGAAUCCUUUGGCUGGAGAUCCCUCUGUGUCUUCCCAAACAGUGGCUGAUGAUCUCCACAUGAAGCUUCUGUACCUUGAGAACAGAGUGGCAUUUGCAAGACUGUUCUUCCCUUUGGAAGCCAAACUAGCCAUGGACAUUGCUCGUGCGGAGACAACAUCUGAGUUUGCCGGUCUUUCGGCAUCGAAAGGUUCAAAUGGAAACUUAAGGGAGGUUGAUCUCAAUGAGACUCCAAUAAUGCAAAACAAGAGACUUAUUUCUAGGAUGGAAGCCCUGAUGAAAACAGUCGAGAUGGGACGGCGCUACUUUCCUCAUUGCUCCGAAGUGCUCGAUAAGUUCAUGGAGGAUGACCUACCUGACUUGUUUUACCUCGAGAAAGGCACCCAAGAAGAGCAGAGACUCAAAAGGACACGAUUCGUCGAGCUUAAAGACGACGUCAACAAGGCUUUCAACAAGGACAAGGCCGAGUUCACUCGCUCCGGACUUUCAUCUUCAUCAUCCUCAUCAUCCCUUAGAGAUUCUGUAUAUUUCAAGGCUAGAAGAAUGUGAAGUGAACAUUGUCUUUUUGUUAAUGUCUUACAUAUAUGGUGCAAAUUUUAUAAGGUAAUAAUGCCUACCAACUCAUGUAAAAUUGUAAAAUCUCUUGCAAUCUUAUGUAAACAUAUUUUUUAAAAUUUAUUGUAUAAAAUUAUAAAACUUGUAAAACAAUUAAACUAUAGAUCUAAAUUGCUCAGUUUCCGGUAGCCGAAAAAUAUUUUUCGGUGGUGUAUUUUUCUGUGUAAGCAAUGCGGGGAAGAACAGCCAUCAACUCAUCACCUUAAAUUGAUGGUGCAUUUGUUGUGUAAAAGAAAAGGUUGUUGCUACUUA